GACUAUCUCUGACAUCAGCCACCUGGGGCCGCGACGGUUCCUUUUUCUCUCUGAGCAUGUCUGUUGGGUGCGUCACCGGUGCAUGGUUCGCGUGGUGCACGUUUUCAUUGUCGCUUCACCACUGAAUAGGGCUUCAAAACCAAGAUAAUCAUGGACGCUGGUCAGCUCAUCGAGAUCCUCAGAGCGACCAUCGACCCAAACCAGCGGGAAAAUGCCGAAAAGCAGCUGGAACAGAUCCACAAGAUCAUUGGCUUUGCGCCGUCGCUGCUCCAAGUGGUGAUGACCAACGGGCUGGACAUGCCCGUGCGCCAGGCCGGCGCCAUCUACCUCAAGAACCUGGUGACGCAGUUCUGGCAGGAGAAGGAGGCACCUCAGCCGCCCACAGCGCCACUCCACUUCCACGUGCAUGAGCAGGACCGGGCCAUGGUGCGGGACGCCAUCGUGGACGCCAUGGUGCAUGCGCCGGACCUCAUCAGGGUACAGCUUGCCGUGUGCCUCACGAACAUCCUGAAGCAUGACUUCCCCGGUCGCUGGACGGGCAUUGUGGACAAGGUGUCCAUCUACCUCCAGUCGCCAGAGAGUGCCGGCUGGAUGGGCUCCCUCCUCGCCCUCUACCAGCUGGUCAAGAACUAUGAGUAUAAGAAGCCCGAGGAGAGGGAGCCGCUGCACGAGGCGAUGCAGCUGCUACUGCCGAUGCUCCAGCAGCGGCUAGUGCAGCUGCUGCCAGACGCCAGCGAGGCGUCCGUGCUCGUCCAGAAGGAGAUCCUCAAGAUCUUCUUUGCCCUGGUCCAGUACCACUAUCCCCUGGGGCUCAUUUCCCGCGACGCCUGCACACAGUGGAUGGAGCUCUUCAGGCUUGUCCUGGACCGCCCCGUGCCGGACGUGGCUAACCAGGUGGAUGAAGACGAACGGCCCGACCUUCCCUGGUGGAAGUGCAAGAAGUGGGCCUUCCACAUCAUCACCCGCAUGUUCGAAAGGUACGGGAGCCCGGGCUCGGUGACGAAGGAGUACGGGGAGUUUGCGGACUUCUUCCUGAAGGCGUACAGCGAGGGCAUGCUCCAGGUGGUGCUCAAGGUGCUGGACCAGCACCGCCAGAAGGUCUACAUCUCCCCCAGGGUGCUCCAGCACGCCCUCAACUACCUACGGCACGCCGUGAGCCAUGCCUUUUCCUGGAAAUUCCUCAAGCCACACAUAGUUGGCAUCGUCCUGGAAGUGGUGUUUCCCCUGCUGUGCCACACGGAUCAGGACGAUGAGCUGUGGAACACAGACCCCCACGAGUACAUCAGACUCAAGUUUGACGUGUUUGAGGACUUCCUGUCUCCUGUGACGGCGGCCCAGAGCCUUGUGCACACGGUGUGCAAAAAGCGCAAGGGUGUGCUGCAGAGGGCCAUGGCCUUUGUCGUCUCCCUGCUCACCAACCCCAGCUGCUCGGCCCGGCAGAAGGACGGGGCCCUACACCUGGUGGGCACCGUGGCCACCCUCCUGCUCAAGCGCAAGAUGUACAAGGACCAGAUGGAGGCAAUGCUGGUGACGCACGUGUACCCCGAAUUCGGCAGCCCCCACGGCUUCCUGCGGGCCCGGGCCUGCUGGGUGCUGCACUACUUCUGCGAGAUCCAGUUCCGGACGGAGGGGAACCUGCUCCGGGCGGUGGAGCUGCUCACCCACUGCCUGCUGCGCGACGCAGACCUCCCGGUCAAGGUGGAGGCCGCCGUGGCGCUCCAGGCCUGCCUCACCUGCCAGGAGAAGGCGCAAGCCAGCGUGGAGCCCCAGAUCAAGGAGAUCGCUCUGGAGCUGCUCAAGAUAAUCCGAGAAACCGAGAACGACGACCUGACGAGCGUCAUGCAGAAGAUCGUCUGCAUGUACACCGAGCAGAUCGUGCCCAUCGCCGUCGAGAUGACCCAACACCUUGCGGCAACCUUCAACAUGGUGAUAGAAAGCGGCGGGGAGGGGGACGAGAAGGCCAUGGUUGCCAUGGGGGUGCUGAACACCCUGGACACCUUGGUGACGGUGCUGGAAGACCAGCGGGAGCUAGUUUCCCUGCUGGAGCCCACCCUGCUGCAGCUGCUGGUGGGGCAGGUGCUGGGGGCCUCUCUGCUCGAGUUCUACGAGGAGGCCUUUUCCCUGCUCUACUCGCUCUCCUGCAAGGGCCCCCUUUCGGCCGACAUGUGGAAGGCCUUCGAGGCCCUCUACCACACCUUCCAGAAGGAUGGCUUCGACUUCUUCACCGACAUGAUGCCUGCCCUGCACAACUUUGUCACCGUGGACACCCCAGCCUUUGUGAGCAAUGAAAACCACCUCCUGGCCAUGUACAACAUGAGCAAAGCAGUGCUAGAGGGUGAUUCUGGUGAGGACCCCAAAUUCCAUGCACUCAAGCUGCUCGAAGUCAUCAUCCUCCAGUGCAAGGGACAAAUUGACCAGUGCAUCCCUUCCUUUGUGGAGCUGGCGAUCAGGACGCUAGCAGAUUCAGGGGCCUGGGUGGAGCUCCAAGUCAUGUGCCAGCAGGUGGUGAUUGCUGCACUGUACUACAAUCCGGUCCUCCUCUUUGAGACGCUCGGCAAGAUCCAGAGGGCGGACACGUCGGAACAUCUGGUGGAUCACUUCGUGAAGAUGUGGCUGGGCAACAUUGAGUACUUUCUCGGGCUGCACGACCGCAAGAUGUGCGUGUUGGGCCUGUGCACGCUCAUCAGCAGCCAAGGGUCCCGGCCGCAGUCCCUGACCGAGAUGGCCUCCCAGGUGGUGCCCUCCCUGCUCGUGCUUUUCGACGGCCUCAAGCGGGCCUACGCCUACAGGGCCCAGGACGACGAAGAUUCCGACGACGAGGAAGAGGAAGACGACGACUACGAGGGAGAGGUGCUGGACAGUGACGAGGACGACGUCGAGGGCCAGGACUACCUGCAGAGGCUAGCGCGGCAGGCCAAGAAGGAGUCCCCAUUUCCGGUCACGUCUGCCACCAUCGAGGACGACCAGGAGGACGACGACGAGGACGACGAGGAAGAUGACGACGAGGAGGAGACGGCGCUGGAGUCGUUCACGACGCCCCUGGACGAGGAGGACUGCCCCGUGGACGAGUACAUGGUCUUCAAGGAGGUCAUGCAGGCCAUCCAAAGCACGGACCCCAUGUGGUUCAACGCCCUGACGUCCGGUCUCUCGGGCGAGCAGCAGAAAGCCUUACAAGAGGUCUACCUCCUGGCCGACCAGAGGAGAGCAGCGGCAGAGUCCAGACGAAUCGAGAAGAGCGGCGGUUACGUGUUCCAGAACCAGACGGUGCCGACGUCUUUCAACUUCGGUGGUGCUCCCCUCUGCUAGCUGCCGUGGUCCACGCGCGUGCUCCUCUCUCCACUUUUCCUUGACCGUUUUUUUUUUUUUUUGUUCCUUCCUUCCCUCGUUGCUCUGGUGUGGGACGUUGCAGCAACGCCAGGGUGGUGAUCUUGCGGACUGGCCGACGGUCUCCCUCGACUUCCACUUCCCCGCGUUACCCCGCCUCUUUAUUAUUAUUUUUUUUUUUUUUUCGUGAACGUUCCUAGCGCCUCGUUGUCGCCCCCCGGCGAAGGGCACGAGUUUAUUUCGAGUCGGUCAGCGCGGGCCGGAAGAGAGACAAGCUCAGCCACAGUUUCAAGGACGUCUUUUCUAGCGCUCGAAUCGCGCGUUGCAUUUCGUCGCCGCCGAGCCGACGUGGUUCUCUUCGUCGGUUUUAACUCUAAUUUGAGUCUGUGCUUUUUCUUUUUUUUAUUAGAGGAGGGGCCUGGAUGGUUGUGUAGAGUUCUGCCUGUUAACGAGUGGAGAUCGGACGAGCGUGAGCGAGGCUUUUGUCUGGUGACCCGUUGCGGCGUGCAGAAAAGUUGACAUGUUGACUUUUUUUUUUGCCCGUAGUGGAACAUUGUGCACCUGCGAGGAGUGGAAGGCAACGUUUGGCGUCUCCUCCGACUUAGUCGGUCGUGCGCGCUUUCUCCGACGAGGGAAGAAUAAUUUGUGCAUGCAUCACAAAAAGUUUUGUUGUACAGUAUUUGUGGAUUUAAGUUUGUGGUUUUUUUUUUUUUUAAUUGGGAUUUGUCUGCACAUUUACACUGCAGGUUGCUUUAUAUUUUUUUUUUUACUUUUUGUGGAGAGGGUGUUUUUUCAGUGGGGUCUGUUGGUCGGUCGGUCGGGCGGGCGGGCGGGCGGGGUGAAGACUUAGCUUAAUGAAGAGUUUGCGGACAACUGUACAAAUAAAUGCUUAGGGAUCCAUAACGACGCUUGGCCUGAAUACGUCUCGUUUCAAUCAACUAAAAAUCCGAACGGGGGAAGGAGCUAUCACAAUAAUUAGGAGCGAGAAGAAAGGGCGAAAACAACAUCUCGGAAGUGUUGCCUUAUAGGUUUGUAUAAACAAAAGUGUUCUUUUAUUUUCUUGCGAGUUUGACUUACAGAUUUGUGUAAUGUUGACACAAUAAACAAUUCAAACAGUG